AAUAUCCUCCUUUCCUGCCCUUCUUUUUUUGUCUUACAAAAACCCUAUUUUAAACUCUCCCUUCCAUGCAUACCUUCAUCCCUUCUUGUACUUAACCAUCAUUUGGACUUUGAAUUUGAUUUUGGCUACAAUGGAUCGGGAGCUAAGGACUCUUUUGAAUGAGCUAAAAGAGGGGAAAGAGGUGACUAAUCAGCUCAUGAAGCAUCUCCAUCCUUCUUCGUCUCACCAAACACGCCAACUCUUACUUGAGAAAAUACUUUGUUCUUACGAGAAAGCUCUUUCGAUUCUGAAUUGGAAUGGUUUCGUGAUCGGAACUAAUCCCUCAGUUACCGCCAUCGAAUCAUGCCGUUCCAUCGACCGUAGCAGCCCCGGAAGCGAGGCAUCAGGUGAAAAAGAUGUGUUCAAAAAGAGGAAAACGUCGUCCGGGGUGACCGAGCAAGUUCGGGUUUGCUCCGGGUCGUCAUUAGACAAUCCUCUUGACGAUGGAUAUUGCUGGCGAAAAUAUGGGCAGAAAGCUAUUCUUGGAUCAAAUUUCCCAAGGGGAUAUUAUCGAUGCACUCAUCGUCAUUCACAAGGUUGCUUAGCCAUUAAGCAAGUUCAAAGAACAGACAGCGACCCUACGAAUUUCGAAGUUAAAUAUAGAGGGAGGCAUACUUGUAACCAAGCCUCUCAGUUCGCCGGUACGUUUAUGCCGGUGCCGGUGGAGUCUAGAGAGAAAGGGAAUCACUCCCGGAAAAGGCAGCACCAGCUUGAUGAGAAAGCAGAGGGCUUGGACAAUAGGAAGGAUGUUUUCCCUUCAUUUUCGUUCCCUUUUGAACCGGAAACAGUUAAAAAUGACUCGUUCAUCGGAGCCAUAAUGGAAAACCUUUCUCCGGCAUUUAUGUCGCCGGAGACAUCCGAAUCCAACUAUUUUUCGGUGUCAUCAUGCGACAUGGGCAGCUUUGAAUCUGAUCUUACAGAUAUAAUCUCCGGCCCGACUUCGGUUACCAAUUCACCGAUCGAAGAUCUGGAUAUCUCAUCACUUGAUAAGUUGGAAUUUGAUCAAAGCUUUCCAUUUGAUAACCCUGAAUUCUUCUCUUAAUCCUGUUUUCAAAUUUCCACCCCAUUAGAGGAGCAAUUUGUAUCCUUCCAUCCAUGUAAA